CCAUAUGCUACUACUCUUCACAGUCCAACUUAACUAUACACUAACACGCCCUCUGGACCUCCAAACUAAGUCCUCCUUUCUCAGCUUCUCACCACCAACGCAUGGAAGCAUCCAUCCACCAAUUCUCCCUCCUGCCUACUUGACCAAAAUGCAUGCUUGUCCUUCCAUCCUUAGUCCCCAAGAACGUAACCAAUCAACCACCCACCACUCGAUCAGUCCUGCUGCCAUACUUAGCUCGCUUCUCUUCCUUGCGGUAUAAAGCCACUCACUUGACCUUCUCUUUCCAACAAUCACACAAACUCCUCCACUUCCACCACUUGCUAACUACUCCUCGCCCACCACUCGGCUCCAGUGAUCUCUUCUUGUGUGGAGAAGGCAAGAACAAGGCGUGCACCUUGUUGAGUUCAAGAAAAUCUAUCAGAGAUAGGAGAUAGAUCGUAUCAUCGUACAUAGUAGGCAUGGCCAUGGUGGAGGCGGUUCUCGACGCGGAGACGAUACCGUGGUCGAGCCGGGAGGAGGAGGGCCAGGUGCAGGCGCGCUACGUCGAGGGCUGGGCGAAGCGGAAGCGCUCCAGCCGCCACCCUCGCGCGCCCACCGAGGAGGAGCACCUCGCGCUCUGCCUCCUCAUGCUGGCGCGCGGCCACCGCGACGUCCGCGCUCCCGCACCGGCAACGGCGCAGGAGCACAGGUGCUCCGUGUGCGGCAAGGCGUUCCCGUCCCAUCAGGCCCUCGGCGGCCACAAGUCCAGCCACCGCACCAGGCCGCAGGCAGCCCCAACCGCCGCCACGGCCGGCGAAGAGCCGGCCCCGGCCCAGGCGGCGUCCUUGGUCUCGUCGACUGCAGCGUCCGGCGGGGACAAGGUGCACGAGUGCUCGGUGUGCAAGAAGACGUUCCCGACGGGGCAGGCGCUCGGUGGGCACAAGCGAUGCCACUACGAGAGCACCAACGCCACAACCGCCGCCUCCAACCCCGCGGGCCGUGGGUUCGACCUGAACAUACCGGCGCUGCCAGACAUGAUCGCCGAAUGGUGCUUGCCGGCAGUCGACGAAGAGUAGGAGGAGGUGCUCAGCCCCUUGGCCUUCAAGAAACUGAGGCUAAAGAUCCCGGCAUAGUAGAUUAUUCUCUCCGUCUUUAUAUUGAUAAUAUUUUAAGUUAAAAAUAAGUAUUAAGUUAAAUGGUAAAAUAAUUAUAUUUUUAUUUUAAUACUAUUUAUUAUGUGAAAAAUGAGAUUUAUAUUAGAAAGAAAGUUACUUAAUGAAAAAUAUAUAAGAUAAAAAAUUUAAA